GGGAAUAGUUUUAACACUUUUUUUUUUUCUUAUAAAUUGUGUCGACUGUCGAGUAUAUAUAUGCUGUCAGAAUCUCCGGCAGAUUUCAUUUUCUCAUUGCACACACACACUCUUUGCUGCUUAAUUGCCGCCAUUGCAAAAAUGGGAAACCGUCGGAACACGGUGGUUGCUAUCAGCGACGACGACGACGAUGUACCGAUUUCGCGUGUUACACGCGCCUCGCGUAACGGUGGCGGAGAAGAGAAAUUGAAUCAGCGGAAACGGAAGAAAAUGAAACUGGAGGAAGAGGAAGAAGAGGAAAGGGAAAAGGAAAAGCCGAAGGUGAAGGAGGAAGAGGAGAGAGGGAGAGGGAAGAGAGUGAAAAAGCCGAAGAAAGUUGAUGAAGAAGAGGUGGAGGUUGAAGAAGCGGAGGCAGUAGAGGAGGAGGAGGAGCAGGAGCAGUUGGAAGAUGCUAAGCCGAUUGGCGAGGUUGUCAAGGUUACUGGAAAAGGAAAAGGAAGGAGAAAUCAUUACGAGUCGUUUGAGCAUGAUGGAAAUAGCUAUGAACUUGAGGAUCCUGUGCUAUUGAUUCCAGAAGAAAAAAAUCAGAAGCCUUAUGUGGCAAUUAUCAAGGAUAUUACUCAGACCAAGGAUGGCAACAUGAUGGUCACAGGACAGUGGUUUUACCGACCUGAGGAAGCAGUAAAAAGAGCUGGUGGAAAUUGGCAAUCACGAGACACGAGGGAAUUGUUCUAUAGUUUUCACCGAGAUGAGGUCCCGGCGGAGUCGGUCAUGCACAAGUGUGUGGUGCACUUUGUCCCGUUGAACAAGCAGAUUCCAAAAAGGAAAGAGCAUCCUGGUUUUUUUGUUCAGAAGGUAUAUGAUACUGAACAGAUGAGGCUUUUCAAGUUAACAGAUAAGGACUAUGAAGAUACCAAACAGCAUGAGAUUGAUCUGCUUGUUCAGAAGACUAUAGCACGAGUUGGGCAUCUUCCUGACCUUGAAACUGAGGAUAAUUCUGUAGCUCCUGUUAGUCAGGAAGACCAAUUGAAAAGUAAACGACUUUUGAGGAAGAAGAGCAUGAUGUCUUUGGAUGUCACCAGAGACGAUGAAGCACCAUCUAGAUCUGGUCAGCCUACAGCAGAAACUCCAGGCAGUUGUGCCAAUAAUGCUUCAGAAUACUUCAUCAUCCUUUCAAACUUCAAAGUCCUAACAGGUGAAACACAGCGUGACAAAUGGCUGGAAAAACUGCUGCAAUCAAUUCAGUAUUUCUGCAGCCCCGUGGAUAAUGCACAAUAUGAUGGUAAAGAAAAAGGGGGCUCAGAUCCUGCUGAUCCUACUGGUAACACAGAUUCUGCAAAACAUGUGAAUGAGUCUCUAGACAACAGUGCUGACGGUGAUGUGUUCCGAUGGCCAGACAGUGUUGUCCCUGCUGUGGUCUCUCUAGAGAAAGCUGCACACGAGGUCCUCUCAUCUGAUUUUCAGAAGUACAAUCAGAAGAUGAGGCAGUUAACAUUCAAUCUUAAGAACACCUCACUCUUAGCACGCCGUCUUCUGAAAGGGGAGUUGGAUCCCUCUCAGAUACUGAACAUGUCCCCAAAUGAGCUAAAGGAAGCUCUAACAGCAGAAGAGUUAGCAAGCAGGGAGCCCGAGAAGCCAGAGCCCAUACAGAUGACUGAUGCUCGUUGCAAAAGAUGCGCAGAGAAAAAAGUGCGGCUCAUGGAGAUUAUUCAGGCUGGGCAUGGAGAUCGUUACUCGCUGGAGUGUGUUGCUUGCGGCAAUUCUUGGUAUGCUUCUAGGGACGAAGCUGCUAGCCUCACAAUUGGGCCAAAUUUGGCAAAGAGUGUUGGAGCAGAACCAUUGGCCACUGCUAAGUUCGAAGAUGUAGAGAAGAACUUAACGAGUCCACGAAGAGCUGAUAAAGAAGCUAGUGACAUUCUAAAGAACACAACUGAAGCUUACAUGCCGGUUCUAGAUAGCCAGAAAUCACUUAACAAGACCAAGCCUGAAGACAGCACUACUACUAGUAAUGCUGACUGAAUCGUCCGCCAGUUUCUCAGUCCAUUUUAGACAACCAUCUCCGAUGAGUAAUAGAUAGUGCACAUAGAUACAGUUCUUUUUACUGUUUACAGGGUUCUUGCUGGUAUACAUAUAUGGGGUGGUUGAAAAAUCAUAGUCUUGAUAGAAAUUCAAUAGUGAAGGGUGCGACAACUUGGUAUGGUGUUCUGUUCGCUUUCUUAGUAUUGUAAAAUCUGCACAGUUGUAAAAGGUAGGCUGAGGUUGAUGGGUAUAAUGUUAUGUAGUUUUGGUUUA